AUGCAUCUGGUUUCAAUGGGCCUUGUUCAUACAAUUGCCAGUGAAAAUAUGGCUACAAGCCAAGAUCGGGCUAAGGCUAUUAUUUUCAUCCGUCAUCAUUUGGACAUUCCUCUACAGUUUGAAUAUUUGACGGUGAAAGAUCCACUUGAUUUGUGGAACGAAUUGAGGAAGAGAUUUGGGCACUUGAAAUAUAUCACUCUCCCCAAAGCCCAACAUGAUUGGCUUAACCUGCGGUUGCAGGAUUUUAAAACUGUUACAGAUUACAACUCUGCUAUCCAUCAGAUUACAUCUCAGUUGAAACUCUGCAGAGAAAAUGUUACUGAGAAUGAUAACUUGGAGAAGACUUUCUCUACCUUUCAUGCUUCUAAUUCCCGGCCCACUGGUUCCAGUCCGUUCCCUGAAGCGAACGUGACAUUUUCUGAACGAGCCCGAGGACGUGGUAGAGGCCGUGGACGUGGUCGCGGUCGCGGUCGUGAGAGUAAACGCGGUCGAUAUACCCCUUACAAUCGCCGCAGUUUUGACAUUAACAGGAUGCAGAGUAAACCCCAACAUGGGGAUAUAGCCGAAAAGGCUAAACAGGAAAAGAGGCAAAUCGGCAGUUGUAAUCGGUGUGGCAUUGAAGACCAUUGGGCCAAUACCUGCAGAACAUCCAAACACCUAGCCGAUCUUUAUCAAGCCUCACUGCAGAAAAAGGGGAAGGAGGUCGAGACUAAUCACGUUGAUAACGAUAACGACCCCGAUGAUGAUCUUUUGGAUUAUGACACAACACAUCUUGAUAUAACAGAUUUUGUCGUAGAUCCAGUAAACUCCCAGUGA